GCAAGUUCCCAGUAUUGCCUGAUGGGGGCAUCGAAUAAACACAGAGCGAUGCCGUGAAAGCCAGAGAGGAAAAAGGCCGAACACUGGGGAAACAAUUCAACUGGCAAUUUUAUAUAAACAAAUAAAAACAACAGGAGGAGUACAAAUACAACUAAUAGCGGCGCCCGGCUUGCAAGAUGGCAGGCAUCCACUGUUCACAGAUCGAGGCUGAACUGUAUUACCUCAUUGCAAGAUUUUUACAGUCCGGACCUUGCAAAAAAUCGGCCCAGGUCUUUGUGGAAGAGCUGGAAGAAUACGAGCUCAUACCGAAACGCUUGGAUUGGGAAUCGAGAGAACAUAAACGAAACUUCGAUGACUGGAUGAAAAUCAAUAAGCACAUCCCAGCUGAUUACCUGCUCCGAAUCUGCCAGCGAAUCGGACCCCUCCUGGACAAAGAGCUUCCUCCCAGUGUCCCCAGAGUUCAGAGUUUACUGGGGCUCGGGCGACAGUCCUUGCUGCACACAGCAAAGGGUUGUAGGCACCCAGUAUGGAGCGGCCCUGCAUUUGCAGCUCUGCACAGAGGCAGACCUCCAGAACCUCCUCUAAUCUAUGACAAACCACCAAAUGUUGUGACCAUCACAGCAGCCCGGCAGACAACUGGCUUCGCCAGCUUCAGCCACAUUGUGUCCUCCUCCACCUAUCAGCAUGUGAAGAUGCACCGGAGGAUUCUGGGACACCUGUCUUCAGUGUACUGUGUGGCCUUCGACCGAACUGGCAAAAGAAUCUUCACGGGUUCGGAUGAUUGCCUGGUCAAGAUCUGGGCUACAGAUGACGGACGUCUCCUGUCGACCCUCCGAGGUCACGCUGCUGAGAUUUCGGACUUGGCCGUUAACUACGAGAACACGAUGAUCGCUUCUGCCAGCUGUGACAAAAUCAUCCGCGUGUGGUGCCUGCGGACGUGCGCGCCUCUGGCGGUGCUGCAGGGCCACACGGCGUCCAUCACCUCCGUUCAGUUCUCUCCGGCAGCAAAAGGAACAACUCGAUACCUCACAUCCACUGGGGCUGACGGCAUGGUCUGCUUCUGGCAGUGGCAGUCCCACAGCAUGAAAUUCAAUGAGCGUCCGUUUAAAUUCACAGAGAGAUCCAGACCUGGAGUCCAAAUCUCCUGUUCUUCCUUCAGUUGUGGGGGAAUGUUCCUGGCGACGGGCAGCACGGAUCAUGUAAUCAGGGUCUACUACCUGGGUUCAGAGUCUCCUGAGAAAGUGGCUGAGCUUGAGGCACACAUGGACAAAGUUGUGGCUGUGCAGUUUUCUAACAACAGCGACAGCCUGCGGUUCGUCAGUGGUAGUAGAGAUGGCACCGCACGCAUUUGGCACUAUCAGCAGCAGGAGUGGAAGAGCACAGCCCUUGAUAUGACUGCAAAACUGCCUGGGCGCAGUGUGGUGCCAGGGGAGGACAAGGUGACAAAGCUGAAUGUGACAAUGGUGACCUGGGACCGAGCUGACAGCACAGUCAUCACAGCUGUCAACAACUACCUGCUCAAAGUGUGGAACCCGUCCACCGGGCAGCUACUGCACAUUCUCUCGGGGCAUGACGACGAGGUAUUUGUGUUGGAAGCCCACCCCUAUGACUCUAGGAUCAUGCUGUCUGCAGGGCAUGAUGGGAACAUUUUUAUCUGGGACCUGUCCAAGGGCACGAAGAUUCGCAACUACUUCAACAUGAUUGAAGGUCAGGGUCACGGCGCUGUGUUCGACUGUAAGUUCUCCUCUGACGGGCAGCACUUUGUUUGUACCGACUCCCACGGUCACCUGCUCAUAUUCGGGUUUGGCUGCAGCAGGCCCUACGAGAAGAUUCCCGAUCAGAUGUUUUUCCACACGGAUUUCCGGCCCCUGAUCCGAGACUCCAAUAACUACGUGCUGGACGAGCAGACCCAGCAGGCACCACACCUGAUGCCCCCACCCUUCCUAGUGGACGUUGAUGGAAACCCCCACCCGACUCACUAUCAGCGCCUAGUUCCUGGGAGGGAGAACUGCAACGAAGAGCAGCUCAUCCCACAGCUUGGUUACCUGGCCAACGGUGACGGUGAGGUGGUGGAGCAGGUGAUUGGUCAGCAGACAGCCGCAGAGCUGGAGGAGAGCCUUCUGGAUGGGCUGAUUCGACAGCUACAGCAGGAGCACAGUCAGAGGGAGGAGCCUGCCGAGCAGGACCAGGGAGAGGAGCUUGGAGACAGCCGCCCCGGGGAGCCUAGAAGCCCGGCUUUGAUGGGCUCUCCUCCUAAUGUGGGUCUGAGGCGCAGCGGGCAGAUCGAGGGGGUCCGGCAGAUGCACAACAAUGCCCCCCGCAGUCAGAUGGCAACCGAGCGGGACCUGAUGGCCUGGAGUCGCAGGGUAGUGGUGAACGAGAUGCAGCCGGGGGUCAGCAGGGUGAUGGAGGAGUGUCGGGUAGCAAAGGGAGAGGCUGAGUGCACUCUCUAUGCUUUGGAGAGGCGGAAGAAACCAUCCCACUCAGUGCAGGGGCAGCUUAGCAGCUUGCGCUCCCUGAGACGGACACAGCGCAAGCGGCAGCACACUUACCAGACCCGCUCCGCCAUAGACCACCCCCCACUGGACAGGGCGCGGAAUUCCCAGUCGGAUGAGGAAUCUCAAAGCUCACGAGAGCAGGAUGACGAAGUUUUGGACGCCGGUAAUGUCUCUUCAGAGGAGGGCGAGCCAGAGUGGCAGAGCGAGAGCAGCUCCAGCGACUCCUCCAGCGAAUACUCUGACUGGACGGCGGACGCAGGGAUCAACCUGCAGCCCCCGAAGAGGCAGACAAGGCAGGCCGUGAGGAGGGUCCGCAGCAGCUCGGAGGAGGAGGAGGACCACGGGAAAGAGAGGAAGAGGCCGGAGAAGCGCAAGAAACCCAAACAGACCAAACGGAAGAAGCCUAAUGAGUCGUUGACAAUGGCUGGAUACACUGGCGAUGAAUGGCUGCCCCCGCAAUGGAUCAUGGACACCAUUCCACGCAGGUCUCCCUUUGUGCCACAGAUGGGAGAUGAGGUGAUCUAUUUCCGGCAGGGUCACGAAGCCUACGUGAGAGCAGUGCGCAGGUCCAAAUCCUACAGCAUCAACCCCCAGAAACAGCCGUGGAACAAAAUGGAUCUCCGGGACCAAGAAUCUGUGAAGGUUGUUGGGAUCAAAUACGAAGUGGGACCGCCUACACUGUGCUGCUUGAAGUUGGCGUUUCUUGAUCCAGUCUCUGGAAAGAUGACGGGGGAGUCCUUCUCUUUAAAGUAUCACGACAUGCCCGAUGUUAUUGACUUCUUAGUUCUGCAGCAGUUUUACAAUGAGGCCAAGGAACAAAACUGGCAGUGUGGGACAAAGUUCCGCAGUAUUAUCGAUGAUGCCUGGUGGUUCGGAACAGUGGAGAGCCAGCAGCCCUUCCAGCAGGAGUAUCCAGACAGCCUCUUCCAAUGCUACACUGUCCAGUGGGAUAACGGCGAGCGGGAGAAAAUGAGUCCCUGGGACAUGGAUCCCAUUCCAGAUGAAGUGCCACUGCCAGGUGCAGUGGGGGACGGGGUGCCAGUCACGGAGGAGGAGCUGAAGGCCCUGCUCUACAGCCCUCAGGAGGGGGAGUGGGGGGCUCGCACCCGCGACGAGGAGUGUGAGAGGGUCCUCCGGGGCAUCGAUGAUCUCCUCACCCUCGACAUCGCCAAGGCCUUCUCUUCCCCGGUGGACCUGCAUGAUUACCCGCUGUACUGCACUGUGGUUGCCUACCCCACAGACCUCGGCACGAUCAGGAAGAGACUGGAGAAUCAGUUUUACAGGCGGAUCUCUGCUCUGAUGUGGGAGGUGAGGUACAUUGAACACAACAGCAGGACCUUCAACGAGCCCGAGAGCCCCAUUGUCGCCUCAGCCAAGAUUGUCACUGAUGUGUUGCUUCGAUUCAUAGGGGACCAAAGCUGCAUGGACAUCCUGGAUCUGUAUACUAAAGUGAAGAUUGAGCUGAGCAGUGCAGACGAGGAGGAGGUGGAGGCCGAUGUGGAUGUAGACUCUGACACUCCAGGGACCUCUACUGGACGUAAGUCUGCGAUGAAGCACUCAAAGAGGCAGAGCUCCCGGCUUGACGUGGGUGCCUGGAAGGAGCAGUGCCGAGAGCUGCUGAACCGAAUAUUUGAGCGGGAGGACUCUGAACCUUUCAGACAGCCUGUUGACCUCUUUGCCUAUCCGGAUUACCGGGAUAUUAUCGACACACCGGUGGAUCUAAGUGUGGUCUCGGAGACGCUGGCCGCAGGGAACUAUGAGAACCCCAUGGAGUUCAGCAAGGACAUGAGGCUGAUCUUCAGCAACUCCAAGGCCUACACUCCCAACAAGAAAUCCAGGAUCUACAGCAUGACUCUCAGUCUGUCUGCCUCCUUUGAGAAGCAGAUCCUGCCCAUCAUCUCUGACUACAAGUCCGCAGUGCAGGGGCUGAGGCGCAGCCGGCAGAGGAUGACCUACCGCAAGAGACUGAAGAGUGGCAGCAGCUCCCCCUCCACCAGCCAAGCCUCCAGUCCGAAAGGAAAGCACAGGCAAUCCAGGACCCAGCCUAAAUCAGCCCCAAAUACCUCAUUGUCUCUAACCAGGACCAGUUCCACAAGGUCUUCUCAAGCUUCAGAAACGAUGGAGGACCCCAGCUGCUCUGUGAUGGAUGAAGAUAGCCAGCCUUCCUUAAUGAGCUCCAUCACUACCAGCACAAGUGGAGGAGCCGGGGGCGAGCGGGUGACAAGAAGCCGCGCCACCCCUAACAAGCGAGUUAUUUCAGUUCCCUCUGCCAAUGGACCAUUGACCAAUGGGGGAAACCGGCCCCUUUGUGCCUCUGCCAAGAGAAAGCUGGCAGUGGACUCUGACACUUCGGACAUCGAGAAGCCAGAGGGAGCAGAAUCCAGCUUGUCCACUUCUUCAUUGUCGUCAUCGUCCUCCUCUUCCUCUUCCUCCUCUUCCUCAGGCAGCUCGAGUUCUGGGAGUAGCAGCAGCAGUGAGGGCUCAGAGUCAGACCAGGAGUUCAUCGACGGAGGAGAUCAUGACUACAGCAAGGUCGUCUGCCCCCGCCUCACCCGCAAAACCAAGAAGGCAACCAGGCCCGUCUCCACAAACCUAAAGAAAAAGAAAAGGGAGGCGGUGCCGGGCAGGCAGGCGAGGCGAAGGAAAAGGCCCCGGUUAAUGGAGGAUGAAGAGGAGCAGGAAGGAGAGGAGGAGGAGGAGGAGCAGGAACUGGGAAAGGUGAGGGGAACCCGCAAGUCAGCUGUCAAAGAGUCCAGGAUUAAUACCCGCAACCAGGGCAGGAGAACCGUAUUGUACAAUGACGAUUCGGAGGACGACCCCUCUGUGCCAGUGGAGGACCCUCUCAACUUGGGCAUGUCCCGCUGUGGUAGGGUGCGCAAGAUGACCGAGAAGGCUCGGGUUAGCCAUCUCAUGGGCUGGAAUCACUAAUCUUUUUGUGUUUUUUAGAUUUUGUUUUUUUAAGGAAACAGACACUUUAAGCUAUUUAAAGAAUUUUUACUGCAGGGAAUUUUUUCUAAACAUAUAGUUUUUAUACAGAGAGGGUGUGGGAGUUUUUAACUCAAAUUGACAGUGGUGCUCUAAAUCUCUUGCCAAUGAUGCACUUCUUCUUUUAAACACGACAGUCCAGCAGCUGAACAUGAGCCUAACUUGCUAGGGCCUUAAAUGCACUGAACACAUCUUCCCUCCCCGCCCUCUCUCUCCAAACAUCUCUAUAAACUUUCGCUAUCAAACCAGCUUCUGUUUUUUGAAAAGAAUUUUGGAUACCAAAAAAAAAAUUGUCUUGUGUAAAGAGUCAGUGAGGUAUCUGGAGAGGUGGAGGUUGAUAAGAAUUCUGGCUGAUUGUUUUGAUAUAAGGGAUUUCUGGACACAAUUUAUUGGCCAUCUGAUCUUAUCUUUAUAGGGCCUUAUUAAUGGAUUUUCCACAUUUCUAGCUAAGAAAUACUUUCAUGAGUUUUAAAUUAUCCAUUGCCCCAUGUCUUGUUGUUUUCAUCCCCAAACCCCUUCGUUGCAGGUGCAUCUGUUGUAAACUGAGCAGCCCUAUGGUAAAGAGGGCCACAUGUCUUUCAACUUCAUCUCUAAUGAAACAGCACCUUUUUUUAUUACAUUAUUUAUUUAUUUUUUUUGGUGUAAUGUUGCUUUGCCGUGGCUUCAACAGUAAUAAUGAUUGCACAAUAUAUCGAUCUUUUGAGACAAUUGUAAAACUAAACUGAAGCAAAAGAAUUCAUGUUGAAUGGAUUGACUUAAUGUAUUAACAACCUGACAUUUUUUGCCUGUUUUUUUGGGGGUGGAUCAGGAGUUUCUAAAUCUCAUAACUUCAGAGACAGGUAACAAGCCAUGGUUGUUGUCUGCAUAAGCCUCAAACCUACAGUGUGUAUAUUUUAAAAAGUGAAGGGAUGCAUACAUAAAGUUGUAUCCUGUUUGAAGACACUAUGAAGUAUCUCAAAACAAAUGGUGCCAACUCCAGAUCUUUUAAACCUCUACAGGGCUUUCAAACUUGUUAUGUUUUUAAAUUAUUUCUUUCCUGAAGCAUUAACUAAAAAAUGAAUGACCAGUUCUAUUGUACACAUGUGUGGCUUUACCAUAAUGUACACCAUCCAUGUGGAUUGGAAGGGCAAACCAUAAAACAAGAGAUAGCUAUUCUACUUAACUGUAGCAGGAUACUGGAAUCAGUGUAGCAGAAGAGAAAUCCAUGUUCUAGGUACUAAAUCUACUUGACACAACUUAGGAGCAGGACUCUGCUUGAAUGGCAGCAAAAGCAAGGUGCAUAUUCUGUGUAGGUCUAUCUAUCCAUCUAUGAUAAAAAAAAAAAAAAAAAACAGUUUACUGUAUUUUUCUAUUUGUCUAUAUUUGGGAACAUUGAGAGCCGCCUGUACAUAUAAACACCUACUAGGGUGUAUGUGGCUUUUAAUAAUUGCGUGUGUGUAGCAAACUGUCUUUAAUGAGUGACUAGAUGCAAGGCUGCUUAAAAUCAAUUUCCAGAUGUUUUUAUAGCAGUACACAUGAGCAGAAAAUGGUGAACAUAAAGGUGUAAUAUUAAUAUUUGGACUCCAGGUGGCACUAUGUGCUAGAUACAGUAUGUAGCAUGACUGUUCACAGUGUGUUAUGUUUUUAUUUAUUUAAAAGUAUAUAUUACUGGAUCACCAUUGAUUUUGAGCAGAUCUGCUUGUAGGAUGGCAGGGGGUAGACCUGUGCCUUGAGCACGUCGGAACAGCUGUGAAGCUGCUGACUGUAGUGAGUCUGUGCCUGGUUUAGCAUGUGAAAACUAGUCUGAAUGCUGUGUAGUAGGAGGUGUGGAAUACUGUAGAUCAGGGUGUGCUAGAACAAUCCAGACGUUUCUUUGAUGGUAGGUUGGUGGUCAGUAUGUUUACAGAGUCCUGAACUUGCAGGUUUCUUGCUUGUUUUGUUAUUUGUGUGUACAUAACGUGUUUUUGUAAAGCAGUUUUUUUUUUUUUUUUUUUUUUUCCUUUAUUACAGCAUCGUUGACGGUGUUGCUUUGAUCAGUGUGUCUUUGUUUCAUUUUUAAAUUGGUGGUGCUAGGUAAUUUAUUGAUCAGGGAAAGUGCUGAAAAUUUCCAAACUUUUUUUUAAUUCUGUACAGCAAACAGGGUCUAAGACAGAUUUUUCUGUAGUUAAUAUUAAGCCUUGUUUUCUAGCCAACAGUAUUAACUGCAGUAGGAAAUUGCCAAAGUUUUUCCCCCAAUAAAGUAAAAUCAUUAUGUUUUUGCUACUAUGACAUUCAUGUAGCACAUAGAACUGUAGCAUUAGAUAAUGUUUUGCUUCAGGCUGACAAAUUGAUGGGUAAUAGUUUGACUUAUUGUGGCUCAACAUUUAAACCACUUCUUGUAGCUGUGUCAAAUUAGUGGUGCUAUUAUCAGUAUUACCCGGGUGUAGCUAUUCACAAAAGGAUAGUGUUUGGCUAUCUGUAGAGGGCCUUUCCACCAAGCUGGGCUGAGCAAUACUGAAGCUUCCUAGUUGGCCAGAGUAAAUAACCUAUGGGACAAGCAGAGCCACAUCUGAGCAUUGACACCUAUAUAAGCACAGCACAGCACAGCACUCUCUUUCAGCCCUGAGGAGCGAACCAUUCAAACAGGGUCUGUGCACACAGACCAGGUGACAUCACAUCUGACCCAACCCCACAGGGAACCUGUCAGUCGGAGUGUCACGAUUAUUGACCAUUAAAAAAAAAAAAAAAUACAAGGGAGUGUGAAAUGCUAGCUAGAAACGAGCUGCCUUGUUACUUGGCAUUGUUGGAUAUUGUGGGUUUGAUUGUUGUGUAAAAUAAACUGUCAGGUAUGUGCUGGACAAAGACCAUUUUGUGUUGCCUGACCAAUGGCUGUGUCAAACUCACUGUUCCUCUCCCCUGUAAUUAUACACACAAAGUACAAAAUGCCUUUAGUAUUACCCUUAUGAGCCAGUUUUUACAUAGUAGUGCAUAGGCUACAUGAGUUACCUAAAUCUACCAUAGCUCCAUUCUUCUAAGAUGGCAUUUACAGUACUAAAUAAAAACUUGUUUUUGGCAUGUAUAAGUGUAAAUGCAUUGGAACCCAUUCUACAUCUUUCUGUGGUAAUAAAUAAAGCUCUGGUUUGAUGUGGACUUUCCAUAUGCAUUACAAGCAGAUGCUGCUUAAAAGGCUGUGAUUUGGCUUCUGCCAAUUCAUGACAUGACUAUGCCAUUGUUUCUUUAAUGCAGUUAGGACACGAACUGGCAUGUUUCCGUCAUCCUGCAGUAUUGCUCAAUCUGGGAUAUUAUGCUAUGCCAGCACUUGCCACUGUGCAGCUGUGAGAUUCCGAGUUAAAAUUGGCACCAUUUGCAUGCUCACGUCUUGCGUGUGCCAGCAUCAUUUGCACGGAUGGAAUGCAUGCUACUAGUUUCCCCUUGUAUAGGGCAGUAUGGCGGUAUACUGCUGAUCAAAACUAGUCAUUCAGAAAUUAAGAGGAUUGUAUGGUAUCCAAGUCCACAGAAGCUUUAGAUCAUACAAUGAAAUGGAAGUGUAUAGAGAAUAGGCUUGAUCACUGAUGUCCAGAGGUGAAAAGGUUUGUUUUGUGUGUGAAUUUUUUUUGCCUCCAAUACCCUGUCAAUGUCCAGUUUUACAGACAUGUAGGUUUUCUCUCUAGGUGUAUUCAGGCGGGCUGAUUUUAUGUGUGAAUGACGGGACAUCGAUGCACCAAAUCCUUUUCCUUGACCAUCUCAGGACCCUUUCAUAUAUAAGUUCAGGGAAUCUUUGAGUUGCCGACGGCAGACCAAAUGUAAUAUUUAUAUGCAAUGAGAUGCCUGCAACUUUUUAGUUUUGUUUGUUUUUUACUGUACAAAUAAAGGAAAUUACGUACAUUUUUGUAAAGUUUUUUGAUAGAGGAUCUGAUUCUAAAAUGUGUGUAUUAUGUACUUUUGUAGUUUUUCAUUUUCACUGGUAGAUUAAUAAAAUUGUGAAGCCA